CGGGAGAGCGAGAUCAAAGGGAUUUGAAACAGACUGAAGACUGGCGGGGGGAGGGGGCCAGCCAGCCUGUGGAAUCCUCCUGGAGAGGCGGAGGGGUCCGGCUUCCACCGUGACUUCGGCGGCCUGGUUGGGUUUUUUAUUAUUAUUUUCAAAUUUCUGAAUCCAGCUUGAGCGAGCGAGCGAGAGAUCUCCGUAGACUGCGACUCGCUGGCUCUCGCUCCGAGAUGAUGCAGAGCGCAGCUGUCCCCGCGGAGGGGGCUGUCAAGGGGCUCCCGGAGAUGCUUGGUGUGCCGAUGCAACAAAUCCCCCAGUGCGCUGGCUGCAACCAGCAUAUCCUGGACAAGUUCAUCCUGAAGGUCCUGGACAGACACUGGCACAGCUCCUGCCUCAAGUGUGCAGACUGCCAGGUGCCGCUGGCUGACAGGUGCUUCUCCAGGGCCGGCAGCGUCUACUGCAAGGAGGACUUCUUCAAGCGCUUCGGCACGAAAUGCACGGCCUGCCAGCAGGGCAUCCCCCCGACCCAGGUGGUCCGCAAGGCGCAGGACUUCGUCUACCACCUGCACUGCUUCGCCUGCAUCAUCUGCAACCGGCAGCUGGCCACGGGGGACGAGUUCUACCUCAUGGAGGACGGGCGGCUGGUGUGCAAGGAAGACUACGAGACGGCCAAGCAGAACGAUGACUCGGAGGCAGGAGCUAAGCGGCCCCGGACCACCAUCACGGCCAAGCAGCUGGAGACCUUGAAGAACGCCUACAAGAACUCCCCGAAGCCUGCCAGGCACGUGCGGGAGCAGCUGUCCUCAGAGACCGGCCUGGACAUGAGGGUGGUACAGGUCUGGUUUCAGAACCGAAGGGCCAAGGAGAAGCGCCUGAAGAAGGACGCGGGGCGGCACCGCUGGGGGCAGUUCUACAAGAGCGUCAAGAGGGGCCGGGCGGGCAGCAAGCAGGAGAAGGAGAGCUCCGCCGAGGACUGCGGGGUCAGCGACAGCGAGCUGAGCUUCCGAGAGGAUCAAAUUCUCUCAGAACUUGGCCACACCAAUAGGAUUUAUGGCAACGUGGGGGACGUCACAGGCGGACAGUUAAUGAAUGGGAGCUUCUCCAUGGACGGGACAGGACAAUGCUAUCAGGACUUGAGGGAUGGGAGCCCCUAUGGAAUCCCCCAGUCUCCAUCCUCCAUAUCGUCCCUGCCAGCCCACGCUCCUUUGCUCAAUGGGCUGGAGUACACGGUGGACAGUAAUUUGGGCAUCAUUGCGCAUGCAGGACAGGGAGUGAGCCAGACGCUGAGAGCCAUGGCCGGGGGACCCACCUCCGACAUCUCCACCGGGAGCAGUGUAGGCUGUCCCGACUUUCCAACUAGCCCAGCCUCCUGGCUCGAUGAAAUGGACCAUCCUCCUUUCUAAGCAUCUGUCCUCCCUGACCUACCUGUCCUUCUGGCUUGAGAGAGUAUCUUCAAGGAUCAAAAGAGACUUGCCUUUUUAGGAUCAAAAGUGCGCCAAUGUGAAUUUCCAUUAUUUUCAAUGGAAGUCCUCUGCUGAUCCCUAGGAGGGCACCACCCUAGGGCACUGUUCUCCUGGGGAGAGGAUGGGGGUGCGGCCUCUGCUCAGAACACUGCACAGGCGCAGAGCCUCGAGCGCUAGGGUGCUGCUAUGGCCCCCUCCCCCACCCUGCUUGCAGGCUUUGGCUGCUCCAUGCUUGGUAGCCCCAGGUGCCUGGGAGGCCACCUUGGCCUUUGGGAACUCUGCUCCACCUGGUGUGUCUCAUGAGAUGCUUCCCAAACCACUGCUCUCGCCAGAGCUGAGAUUCCUGAGGCAGAGACAUCACAGCCCUUAAACAUAAGAAAUGUGAUUUCCAGACCA